AUGCAAUAAUUUCAGUGGCCUCCAAUUCAACUUGCUCAAAUUCGCUGUCUCAAAUUCAACGUCUAAAAAUUCGCUGUAAAAGUGGCGAGGUUACUUCAGGUCACAGACAUUAGCAAUGGAUGUCAGAUUCCAGGACCCAGCUAAUCACGUGACACAACCGUCAUAUUGAAGAAAUACCAGCGUCACCGAGGCUGGCGACCAUGGAGGCGAACGCAAACCCAACGGUGAGUUUAAUGCUUUCAUAUUUCUGUAGUAUAUUUUAUUUUGCGCAUGAAGUUUGAUACAUUACCUUAAAUCUUGAUUUAAAACACGGUUUUGGGCCGUUGUUAAUCUUACACCAUGUAGUGCUAGCAUAUUACUUCUCGCUACCUCCUAGCCCCCCCAGCCCCUCCCCGCUGCCUCUCCCCCAAUUUGCCCCGUUUUAUUUCUAAAAGAAAUACCACUUGCGUCAAGUCUAGAAUCUUGAAAGAGAACUGAUGGGUGGCGACUUUCUGGGUUGUUUGUAUGUUGUCUUAGGUGAGUCUGAGACAGGCAGUCUUACUAAAGUGUAAUAUUUCAGGAGAUGCUACCGCUAAUGUACUAAGCUAAUAUGGCUGCUGCCUUGUGUGCUUCAAGGAGGGGCUGUGAUAACUACCGACAUUAAUUAUAACCACAACCCCAUUCUGUUCAGCUACUGUAUUGUUCAGGUGACUUCAUUUAUGAAUGAAUUAAGACAUUUAUUGUCAUUACAACAUCAUCCAAAAUACCAGUUACCUACCAAACUGUGGAUUUACUUGUGUUUGAUAUAGUUUCUACAGUUUUAAUGGGAGAAGAGCACAGUAGGAUUGCCAUCCUUUUCGUAAAGUACCGAAUCGCCCCGUAUACGAGACGCUAUUUGUUCCGUAUUUCUGUAUGUCCGACAGUAACACCUAUCACACACAUAUAAACAUUUAGUGUAACAAUAAUUACGAAAAUAAAGCACAAGAUAUGUUAAGGUCAGCUAAAUUGUGGCGGGAGCUAGCAAGGACCCCAGAACGCUUCGGACCAAUGAUGAUGUCACGGUUGCCUAGAGACGGACACUAAGCCCCUUUUGUACUGCACCGCUGGACCUGGGUCGACCCCGCCAGCGGUGCAGUACAAAAGGAGCUUAGCAGUCGUGGUGAGCCGCUCUCAACCUGCGUCUUUUUAAAACGUCCUCAACCGAUACUCUACCAUGUCCUAGCAGACGUGAGGGGGGAAGACACACAUCCCAGGCUGAACAGUGUCAGUGAGGAUGAAUGCUAGCAAUUUUUUAAAAAAUUAAGAGGGGAGCUGAAGAAAUUAUACUGUCUCUUUGUUCUUUAAAACUUAUGGUACUGCAGUUUUAGCUUCUCUAGUGAAAUAGAAUGACACUUUCCAUCUGCUAGAUCAGGGAUCAUUUAAUACAUCUGUUUUUGUUUCAUCCUUUUGUAAAUAACCCCAUGAAAAAACAUUGACUACUGGCCCCCGUGGUAAAUUUGAUCUGGAACCAGCCUUCACAUACAUAUUUGCACAUAACUUUAUUUCUUGCUGUCUCACUCCACCGGCCAUCCCACCAUAUGAAAGAAGGGUGACAUGGGCGUAGCAUGCGUCCUUAUUUUAAUUUCUGAAAGGUGGCAACCCUACAGCACAGAGUUUUCCUGAGUAAAAGUGAUCAUUCUUAUAAAGUGUAAAUUCCUUUUUAAGUGAUCCUUUUUCAACUGCUACUUUUCUCUUUUAUAUAUUUUGUGACUACAGAGUAGUCAGGAUGCUAUUGUUGAAUCUGCAAGGCACUUGCUUAAUUUACUAACUGAAAGACCACGAAGUGGAGGAAGAGGAGACCUCACCAACCAGAAUGCCAGUCGUAGGGUACCUCAAACUGAACCAUCUGUCCAAAUGGAAAUGAGCAGAUCUUUUCCUGGACUUUACAACAGGGGAAGAGGAAAACGACGAUUUCCUCCAACAAGCCUGGUCCCGGCGAAAAAGAUGAAACCUUUAGAUGUGGUUUUUUAUUUACUACCAAAACAUUACGAAAAAACGCCAAAAGAAGAUGAUCAACUGAUACACAUGAAAGCGGGAUUGGGCCGGAAAGCAGCUCACAUUGAUGAGAGCAUAACGCACAACGAGCUGGGUGAGACGCUUAAAGUUCUUUUUCCAAAGCUGGAAACUAUUACAGGGGGUUGGCUGCUUUACAAAUCUGCAGGUGGAUGGGGAAGACGCAAUUUGACCUUGAUUGGUCCUGAAGAUGAUGGCUAUACCGGGACAAUGUUGAAGGUUGUGAGUCGCGGCGGGAAAACCCUGUUCAUAGUCCCUAUUCAGGAACAACUUUGCACGGAUCCUCUUGAGCUGAAUGACGAGGCAUUUGCAAACAUGCCAAAGGCCAUGUGUCAGAAAUGCAGAGUAGAUGUUCCCUUGCAUUUUUUGACUGACCACAUAAAGUCAUGUGUGGAAACAGACUUGCCCUCUGAUGUGGCUGGUGUUGAUGUUUGCAACCCUGCAAAGGACAUAUCAGCAAUGCAAGAGUGUCCGGUGUGUGCAAACAUAUAUCCUACUGAGGACAUAGAAGUACAUGCUUCUUCUUGUGGAGAAAUAAGUACAGGACCUCAUUCCACAGAAGAAAUGAAUGAAACAAUGCCUGGGCCAUCUACAUUAUAUUCUUCAGGCAGUGAUGACUGGUAUACCAUAUGCGAUGCUUCAAAGGCCAUUUCUCGCUGUGCAGACCAUUUCCUCCAAAUACAUGCAAUGGAGAACCCCUUGCUGUUGAAGAUGGACUUAAGAGACAGCCCUGCAGAAAAAGACAUGGCUCUGAUUUCCUUCUAUAAGCGACCAAAUGUGCAAUGGGCAUGCCCCCUUAAUUGUAGGCUUGAAGGAGAUGUUGCUGUUGGACUAGGUGUAAACCGCUUUUUUUUUUCAACCGUACUGGAAAAAUUGAAGUCGGGUUUUUCUAUAAACUUUGGAAACUCCAUUGUUACACGACUUUUCGAAGGAGAACUUGGCCACUGGGUCCCAUCAGCCUCUCACUUUCUUGUUGAAAGUGACAUGUUCUUAGUGGCUGGCAGAAUGAUAGGUCACGCUUUCCUUCAUGGAGGACCACGCCUGUCAGGACUUAGUCCUGCUGUUAUUCAUGUUCUAUUUGGCGGCAGUCCAGAAACAGCAACUGUCACCCUGGAGGACUGCCCAGACCUAGACAUCAGGGAAACCAUCAGUCCUCUCGAAGGAGAAUCCAGGCUCUCUGAUACUCAAAUGGAAAGAGUACAGAGCUUGGCAUAUUCAUGGGACCUUCCUUGUCCCACAGAGAACAAUAGGAAGUGGCUUUUUGAGAAGCUGUUACUUCAUGCAGUUCUUGGACGCGUCGCAAGACAAAUAAAGCAGCUUAGACGAGGCUUGAAAGAAACCCCAAUAUGGUCACUGGUAACUCGGCGGCCUGAUGCUGUACCGCUGCUUUUUCCAAGGGAGGAAGCCUCCCUGUGUCCAGAGGUGGUACUUCAGCAUAUCACUUGGCCAGAAACAGAUGACGGAAGUGAUGAAGAUGACUGCUCAAAGGAAACCAGAUGCCGCAUUUCAGGAUAUCUGAAACAGUUCAUUGCAAAUGUCUAG